AUGACCGAAGUAUCACAUCUCUCGCUGCUACAUCCGCAAUCGGACCUAAGACGAAACUCUCGGGAAGUCACGCCCGGUUCGGAGAACGAAGUAGACUUGGGCAAUUCCUCCAAACGAUUCAAGCCAAACUUUGAUCUGGUGGCGGAGAAGUCAACAUGGGAUCAACUUAUGAUUAUUAUUGAUAAGGUACUUGAUGAAGGAAACAUUUAUGGCGAUGGAUAUGAAUCAGUGAAUAGAAAAGUCGCGUGUCUCUUGAGUUGUAAGUCAUCGUACCAGUCUAAACUCUCUAAUGUUAUCCUUCAAAGGGUUGAUGAUGGUUGUGAAAAGAUGUCACACGAGAUUGAGCUGCUAUAUUUAGAGGGCAAAGCUAAGGAUGAGGACUCCAAAGCGACUUUUAUGUCAUUUAUGUCGCUCUAUACCAAUUGGGUUUCUAAGCUAAUGACACUAAGUAACAUAUUUAUUGGUCUUAAUUCUUAUUUGCAUCGUCAUCCAGUUAAGAAAACCAUAAUGAACCAUGGAGUGAAUGUGUUUCUUGUGUCUUAUUGUGUUAAGGAUUCUCAUAGAAUAUUACCUAUCGCAUUACAGGCAUUGACUGUGUUAAGGAAUGAACUGGUCGAAGCAGCAGCAGCAGCAGAAACUCCUGGUGGUGCUACUCCAUUACGUAAAGCAUUGGUCACCUUCUUUCAAAUGUGCUGUGUCAAUGAUUACUUCUACAAGUUAUCUUUAGGUACGGCUAUAACUGAUUCCAUGUUGAACGACUACAGCGAAGGAACCCCGUUGUAUCAACAAAUGAUGAAACUGUAUCCUCAGGAAUUUCUUUCAACUGUUCAUGCGAUUUGUUAUUGGGAAUCAAGUUUUUUCAAAGCAUGUAAAUUUGAAUCCAAUUUCAUCAAAAGAGCCAUUGUCAAGUUAGAAUGGCAAUUGGUUUUGGAAGAUUUCGGUCAAGUUAUUCCGGAUAUCAUUGAGUUUGUGUUCCUUAAUGAGCAAAAUAAUGACCUUUUCUUCAGCUUGUGCAAUGAAGCUCAAGUGCAAUACGCUAUUAAUUAUUAUCCUGUGGUACGGAAAGCCAUUGAGAGUCUUGUGACCACAAAAGUGGGAGAGUUUCUUGACUCAGCUAAUAAAAAGGAUUCUUACGGAGUAAUCAGUGGGUUAUAUCAAUUUUCAGACAUGAAACAAUGGAGAAUCCCUGCCGUUGAUGGAGCAGAAAGAGCAUUUUCUACAUCAUUUUCCAAACUUAUUUCCCUGAAGAAGUACAACUCUAUCAUUAUCAAUCUGUUGUGCAGAUAUAUUGAUACUCAACUUCGAUCAUCGUCUUCACAACAAUCAAGUCUUGAAACUUCCUUUAAAGAUAAAUUUAUGUUUAUUAUAUCAGGAAUGUUCCAUUUGAUUGAGUUUUGUGAAAGCUAUAAGCGUGAUUUAUCCCGAAGAUUACUUCAAAGGAGAUCAUUGAAUAUUAAAGAUGAGAAGAAAGUUUUCGAGGUAUUGGAGUCACAUCUUGGAAAGGAUGAAGAGAUUAUCCAAAGUAUCUCAAGUAUGUUUAAAGAUAUUGAAGAGGAACAAGUUUGCAAAGAUGCUAUUGAUUUUGGAUUUGAUUUUAAACCAUUGGUUCUUGAAAGUACUCAAUGGCCCACAGUACCCAAACAAUCCCUUAUUCUUCCCUCUGAUCUUGAAGAGAUCUUAAAACGAUAUGAGAAAGAGGUUUUCUUACUGUCAUCAUCCAAGAAUAAGAGUAAGAAAUUGGAAUGGAGCGCUUAUUCUGUUCAUCAGCUCACGAUUUCCACCCAAUUUGCCUGUGGUAAAAAGGAUUUGAUAGUGAAUAUGCUUCAAGCAGUUGUUUUAUUUGCAUAUCGUGAACAAGAUGUUUUGACUUUGGAAGAACUAAAGACUAGGACGGGGAUGGGGGAUUCUCUAUUACAAAGUAUUGUCUCAUCAUUUGAAAAGUACAAGAUAUUAAUCUUUGAACAAGAGUCCAUCCAUUUCAAUUACAAUCUAAAGGAAAAGAAAACUACUAUUAGAAUUCCCUUAGCCAAAAACCCUCCCCUGACCGCUACUAACAAUAUCAACAAUAUGCCUAUGAUACGAAGGGAUAUGGCUGUUGAUCGUAAUGAUGAGUUUCGAGCCAAGAUUGUACGACACAUGAAGGGAGCACAAACGGUUAAGUACGAAGAUCUUCUACACAAGGUGGUUGAAAGUGCAGAGACAAAGGGUCAGUUUCGAUUAACCGAUAUCAAAAAGUGUAUUGAAGAUUUAAUUGAUGAUGGAUAUCUUGAACGAAUAGAUAGUGAAUCGUUAAAGUACAUUCCAUGA